AUGGUCUCUUUUGGACUUGAACUUGUUGGCGUCAUUUUGUCGGUGCUUGGAUGGAUACUGGCUGUGACCAGCUGUGCCUUGCCGAUGUGGAGGGUCUCUGCCUACAUUGGAGCCAACAUUGUAACAGCUCAGGAGUACUGGGAGGGGUUAUGGAUGAGCUGCGUGUUCCAGAGUACUGGCCAAAUGCAGUGUAAAGUCUACGACUCCAUGCUGGCUUUACCCCCGGACCUGCAGGCUGCAAGAGCACUCACAGUGGUCUCCAUCAUUGUCGGGGUGAUAGCCAUACUCAUCGCUAUGGUAGGAGCAAAGUGCACCAACUGUAUCGACGACGACGGGGUCAAAGCCAGGGUGAUGGCCUCCUCAGGUGGGGCAUUCAUAACCGCAGCUCUGGCUCAGAUAGUGCCUGUCUCCUGGUCAGCUCAUACCAUAGUGGUUGAGUUUUACAGUCCAAUCAUCCCCACCGGUCAGAAGAUGGAGAUCGGAGCAGCGCUGUAUCUCGGCUGGGCUGCCGCAGCUCUGUUGGCGAUCGGCGGGUCCAUCCUGUGCUGCAGUUGCCCCCCACAGGAGGAGAAACCAUUGCGGUACAGCCUGCACCCUCAAAGUCGAGUGGCAUACUCAGCUGCACCAAGAUCAGUUGCACCGAGCUCCUACAACAGAAGGGACUAUGUGUAA